CCCUCCGUUCAGCUCUCCGCGACCGGGCAGGCAAGAGGAAGCGAGCGCGAUCGGACCUCCCGGGUGUGCGCGCGCGUGUGUAUGAGUGUGCGUUCGCGUGCGCUUCUAGCUCACCUGGAUAUAUCACGUGACCAGACACCUGGGCGUGGGGUUGGCUUGUGAUCAGUUAUUUUGUAGCGGGAAUACCGGAACAGUACGUCCGCGUGUGUUCGCGCUGAUAUGUGAAGUUUCCUCGCACCGACACCGGGAAUUUAUUUCACGGAUUGCGAAAGAGAGUCCGAUAUCUGACAAGUGAGAAGACAAAGGUGAAUGUGACAAGAUAAAAACCUCCAUAAGAUGUUAACUGUAGAUGACGGUGGAGAAGAACCUUGAGAGGAACCAGAAACAGCUUGUUGAGCCCUGGAAUAGUCAGAAGAGGAAAGGACAGGGCCGCAAUACGAGUUGUGCCGUGAAGUUGGCUUCGCCCAUCACGUCGGAAACAGUGAGGCCACAUCUUCUCCUCGGUUGUGUAUUAAUGCGCCACAUUGCUACAUCCCAUUAAAGCACAGUACACAGCAGACAGAAAUGGCGUGCUGGUUAUGGAUGGUCUUGCUGGUGCUACAUGUGGUGUCCGUUUUCUCAGAGGAGUCCAUACUGGAGUUUUCCACAGAUACGCCCAUCAAUAAUGUGGUACAGGACCCCAACACCGGGCGUGUAUACCUGGGGGCUAUCAAUGCCAUUUACCAAUUGGACUUUUCAUUAAAUCUUGAGGCUAGAACUGAAACCGGGCCCAAGAAGGAUGCAAGGGGUUGCACGCCACCAGUAUCUACCUGCCAGGACCUAAAAGACACAAAUAAUACUAAUAAACUCUUGCUGGUUCAUUCGCUUAAUGGGUCGUUGAUAGUUUGUGGAAGUUUGUACCGGGGAAUCUGUACUCUGCUCAACCUUACGAAUGUGAAAGAACAAAUUUACUACAGUGACAGCAAAGGGGAACGAACUUACGCCGCCAGCACCGAGGAUCACGUUUCCGUGGUGGGUGUCAUGGCGAAGCUCAAAGAAGAAAAGUCUGCAAGACAGUUUGAUGUCUUUUUGGUUGGGAAGGGCUAUGGAAGCAUGGACAGCUCUAAACUUAUCAGCACCAGAAUCGUGGAAAACUAUCGCGAAUGGGUCGUUUUCGAAAGCAUCAUCGAGUCAUCCAUGGUUCAGGCGGUACCCUUUGCCGCCAAGUACCUGCACGAUUUCCGCUUCGCAUUCAAAAGCGACGGUUUCGUUUAUUUCCUCUUUUCACGCACUUUCGGCGGAGCGGACAACAAAAACUUUACCUUCGUUUCUCGCCUAUGCGAGAAUGACAAUCACUAUUAUUCUUACACGGAACUUCAGCUCAACUGCGGCACAAGAAAUCACUACAAUAAAGUCCAGGCUGCUUACGUGACCGAGCCAGGGAAGGAGCUGGCCCACGUCAUGUCCGAAUCGGGAGAGUACGGGAAUGUCCUGGCUUGGGAUAAGGUCCUGUUUGUGGUGGCCAGUUCGGAGGAAGGGGGAGUAGAAUCGGCUCUGUGUAUGUACCCCCUUAAAAACAUCAACCAGAAGCUGUUGGACAUUGUUAGCGCUUGUUACACAGACAACGGCAAGAUUGAUGGCAAAUUAGUGGUGGAGAGCCCUUACACAGCCAGCAAAGAUGACCCAUGUGUCAAGCACGACAAAGACAUCGUAAACAGAUUCAAGUGUGGAGCCGAUUUUCUUCCGUCUCCGUUGGCCAGUCGGCAGGAGUUUGCUUUGAAAGCCAAUCCUGUCUUCAUCAGGCAAAAUUUGUUGACCGCGGUGGCCGUGGCGGUAGAGAACGAUCACACUAUUGCCUUUCUGGGCCACAGCGCUGGAGAAGUGAUCAAGGUACAUUUGUCAAGCCAACCGGAGCCAUACAACCCCGGUCCGGGCUACAAAACCAGCGGCUACAUAAAUAAAAACCUUUUCUUUGACAAAAGCCAGACGCACUUGUACAUUACCACAGAGAGAAAGAUCACAAAGGUACCUGUUCAGGCCUGCCAUCUGAAGGACGACUGCCAGUCUUGUGUGGCACAGAAAGAUCCGUACUGUGGAUGGUGUGUCCUGGAGGGAAGAUGCACCAGGAGAUCGGAGUGCGGCCGUGCGGAGGAAAAGAACGGCUGGCUGUGGAGUCCAAAGCAAGAGUGUGUGAAAAUCGUCUCUUUCCACCCUCCAAAUCUCAGCUGCUUGAAGUCCCAGCAGGUGGAUAUAAACGUCCGUGGGCUUCCCGUCCUCAGAGACUCAGACCGUAUCCAGUGCACUUUCGGCUCUUAUCAAAGCACCGGCAAAAUGGUGGAUGGCAGGGUCAGUUGCCGCUUGCCUGAACCGCAGCGUAUACCUCCCACACCUGUGAAUCAAGAUUUCGUGGUGGUCACAGUGAAGAUCUCCGUGAACACCAGCGUGCAGGUGGCGUCCAGCGAGUAUAAAUUCUACAACUGCGCAGCGACCGUUCGGAAAGCAGAAAAUACGCCAUGUUCGUCUUGUGUAAGCAGCACCUGGGGCUGUCAGUGGAACAUUGCGGCUCACACCUGCACGGAUCUGAAUGAUGCGGAGACCGGAGUCAGUAUAAUCAAACCCAAACAGGUGAAGAGCUGUCCACGGUUCGAGAACCCAGAUCCUGUUCUAAUUCCAGUUGGAUACAAAACACGGAUCAGUUUUGAGGGCAUUAAUUUGGACCCGUACAAGGGCCGUGAUUUCACCAUCGGAACAGAGCUGGUGAAGUUUGAGGAAGAUGUGAAGACAGAGUCGGCACCCUUUUAUUCCUUCAGUGGAUAUCUGUUUUCCUUUGACAAAGCUCACGAGACCGCCGUUCUGUUCCACGUCAGGGAAAAAUACACACGAAAAAAGAUCGACAGCAGUCUUAACGUUACUCUGUAUAACUGCUCAAUGGGACGCGAGGACUGCAGCCUGUGUAAAAACGCAGAUCCUAAAUACCUGUGCGUGUGGUGUACUCAUACAAGCUCAUGCGUGUACGAGCAGCUGUGUGCAUCCAAAGAGCCCGAAGAAUGCCCCGACCCGCAGAUCACUGACAUCACGCCAAAAUACGGGCCCUUGAAGGGGGGAAUAGCGGUCACUAUUAAGGGCUCGAACCUGGGAAUUCAGAAAGAGGACAUUAAAAACAUUACCGUGGCUGGAGUGCCGUGCAAACAUUUGGGGGAACGUUACUCCGUAUCAACCAGUGUGGUUUGUGAAACCGGCCCGGUGAGUCUUUACAGAAGUGGAGAGGUGGAAAUAGAGGUCGCCAGGGGGAAAAGAGGCGUGUCCACAAAAUCUGUCCGCUUCACCUACAGGGACCCUAUAGCAAAGGAUGUGUCUCCUAAACGGGGUCCGAAAGCAGGAGGAACUAUACUUACCAUUACUGGCACAGGACUCAACACGGCUUCAAAGACAGACCUUCAGAUCACCGUCGGCGGCGUGGCCUGCGAUGUUCAGAGUUUCGGAGACGAGAUCACGUGUCAAUUGAAGGAAUAUAAAGGCGAAACAGUUCCGUCUAAACGUUUCGAUGUCAACAUUUAUUACGGCAGACACACCUCCAUCAGCGUUGACAGGAUCUACCAGUUCUCCCACAAUCCCUCAGUGUCCGAUCAUCAGCCUAGAAGCAGCUUCCUCUGUGGUGGCAGAAAAAUCUUAGUGGUCGGUUCUGGAUUUGAUCUGGUCCAGAAAGCCACUAUGAGGGUUGUGGCGUCCGCUGGAGAAUGGUCUGGUCACAGCACACCAGUAGAGUUUGUAGAAGCGUCCACACAUAAAAAUGACACGGUGAUCGUGUUCAUGUCACCCACCAUCAAUGACACCUACGAGUUCUUCAGGACGUAUGUAGAACUGGAUAACCUCAAAACCGAGCUGACGCCGUUCGAGUACCACCCUGACCCGAGCUUCCAUAAGCUCAGUAAGACCGUCAUCACGGAGAACAGCAUGAUCAUUGUCACUGGUAGUGGGUUUUCCAAAGCGAUGACAGCGAAGGAGGCACAGGCGUUUGUGGGAGACGUUCAGUGUAAUGUGAACACGCUACAGGAUGAUAAAUUGUUUCUGGAUCCGCCAUCAACUGCACCCAGAGCUCGAUCAAAGAGACAGAAACGAGACACCAGCUCUGAUAUGCUAGACUUGCUGAUUAAGUUUGGAAAUGGUGAGUGGCUGGUUGGCUCUGUUCAGUACGAGAGGAAGUUCAAUCUCCCGCUGCCAAUCAUCAUCCCUGCGGUGGUGGUCCCCAUGCUGCUUAUCAUCGCCAUCUCAGUCGUCUGCUACAGGAGGAAGAGUCAGCAGGCGGAGAGAGAAUAUGAGAAGGUGAAACAUCAGCUGGAGAAUUUGGAGGAGAGCGUUCGUGACCGCUGCAAAAAGGAAUUCACAGAUUUGAUGAUUGAAAUGGAAGACCACACAAAUGACAUAAGCGAAGGUCGGAUCCCGUUCCUGGACUACAAGACGUACACGGACCGGGUCUUCUUCCUGCCCUCUAAAGACGGUGCCAACGACGUCAUGAUUACCGGCAAACUGGAUAUCCCAGAAUCCCGCAGGGCAACGGUCACCCAAGCCCUGAACCAAUUCUCCAACCUUCUCAACAGCAAAACGUUCCUCAUUAAUUUCAUCAGAACACUCGAGAGCCGUCCAGAUUUUAACGCCAGGGCCAAAGUUUAUUUUGCGUCUCUGCUGACCGUUGCACUUCACGGUAAACUGGAGUAUUACACCGAUAUUAUGAGGACGCUUCUACUGGGGCUCAUGGAGGAUUAUGUACACAGCAAAAACCCCAAACUACUGCUCCGCAGGUCUGAAACAGUGGUGGAAAGGAUGCUGAGUAACUGGAUGUCAAUCUGUCUAUAUCAGUACCUAAAGGACGCUGCAGGAGAGCCGCUGUAUAAACUCUUUAGAGCCAUAAAACACCAGAUCGAGAAAGGGCCCGUGGACUCGCAAGUCAAGAAGGCCAAAUACACUCUGAAUGACACGGGAUUGCUCGGAGAUGACGUGGAGUACAGCGUGCUGACACUGCAGGUGCUGGUUCUGGGGGAGGGCCCUGACGUCACACCUGUAAAAGUGCUGAACUGUGAUACCAUCUCUCAGGUGAAGGAAAAAAUCCUCGAACAAGUGUACAAAAACCUACCCUACUCACAGAGACCCAAAGUAGACAGCGUUACACUCGAGUGGCGUCCCGGCUCCACAGGGCAGAUCUUGUCAGACCUGGAUGUGACAUCACAGAAGGAAGGCAAAUGGAGACGCAUCAACACGCUGGCGCAUUAUAAUGUGCAAGACAAUGCAACGGUGAUCCUGUCCAGAGUUCAGCACACACAACAAUCAUACGACCAGAAUCAUGACAACCAUGAAGAGAGAAAUGCCCUGCUGGAGGAUGAUAAAGUCUUUCAUCUGGUUCGACCGGCUGAUGAGCUGGAUGAGAUGAAAUCUAAGAGAGGCAGCAUAAAGGAUAAAUCCAUGACCAAAGCCAUCACAGAGAUAUAUCUCACACGACUGCUCUCUGUUAAGGGUACGCUGCAGCAGUUUGUGGACGACUUCUUUCGCAGCGUGCUCUGCACUGGCACCGUCGUUCCUCCGGCUGUUAAAUACUUUUUUGACUUUCUGGACGAACAGGCCCUGAAACACGAAAACGUAGACGAGGAGACCAUACACAUCUGGAAAACUAACAGUUUGCCUUUGCGUUUCUGGGUGAACAUCCUGAAAAAUCCUCACUUCAUAUUCGACGUGCACGUGAGCGAGGUCGUGGACGCCUCUUUGUCCGUCAUCGCUCAGACCUUCAUGGACGCCUGCACGAAAACCGAACACAAACUCAGUCGGGAUUCUCCCAGCAACAAAUUACUCUAUGCAAAGGAGAUCUCCACCUACAAACGGAUGGUAGACGAGUACUAUAAAGGAGUCCGACAGAUAGUGUCAGUCAGCGAUCAGGAGAUGAACACACAUCUGGCUGAAGUGUCACGGGCACACACAGAUAAACUGAACACGCAGGUAGCACUUCACCAGCUCUAUCGGUACGCAAGUAAAUACUACGAUGGGAUCAUUAUGUCUCUGGACGAAGAUCCUGCCGCUCAGAGUAAACAGUUAACACUGAAACUGCAACAGAUCGCAGCCGUUUUGGAAAACAAAGUGACCGACCUUUAACCUUAUCAGUUGAGAGAAAGACUAUGUGCGUGUAUUUAGCUUAUAACUAUAAUCAGAUGUUCAGAUUUCUUCUUGUGUAGAGAUACAAAGGUUUUAUGAAUUGUAUUCUAUUAUUUUUUUAAUGUGCAGUCUUUAUGCAGAAAGCUUUAUAAGAGGAAAAUAACUUUUUAAAUAGACAGCCUUGUGACAAUUGUUUUUAAAGCUUGUAUGCGUGUGCGUAUGUGUGCGUGUGUGUGUGUGUGUGUGUGUAAAACAAGAUGCCUAUAUUUUGACCAAAAGGGAUACACUUGUGUCACCAGUUACAGUAUGUAGGGGUUCUGCCUAAAGUGAGGUCUGGGAUUGUCCAAUCAAAAGCAGCUGAUGGUGACAUCACAAGCAUCACAUUCCACUACCGUUUAGGAAAAGUAUGCACUAUGCAUAUGUACUAAGCGGUACGCUAGUAUCUGAUUCAGGACACGGUUGCAUACAUUUCAUAUCCUUCUGUUUCAAUUUAGCAAUAUGGACCAACUAGUAGACCCACAAAGUAUUUACAUUUAUGCAUUUGGCAGACGCUUUUAUCCAAAGUGACUUCAAGGUGUACAUUUUUUUUCAGCCUGUGUGUUCCUUGCGAAUCGAACCCAUGAACAUUUGCACAGCUAACGCAAUGCUCUACCAACUGAGCUACAGGAACAACUAAAUCAACAGACAAUAAUAAGAAAUGAGUCAUAAGGCAUAUCAUUUUUAGUUAUGAUGGUACCCGUGUAAAGUCUUUAUUUUAAUUUGCAAACUGACUGAAGUUAUUACUGUACAUACAGUAUGACAAAUUGUUGAUGAACAAUCAGUUUUGGCAGUGCAUUAUGCAAACGCAUCUUACGCCUAAAAGUACGUCAACGAAAAUAGCUAUUAAAUUUCACUCAGCAACUUGAAUGCUUCUCAUCAUGAGCUUAUGAGGCUUUAGUCUGGAUUUCACAGACAGGAUCACAUUUGGUUAAGGUUAUAAAGACUUUGCGUCCGGUUUAAUUAAAGGUGGUGUGUGUGAAUUUUAGCGCCAUCUAGGGGUGAGAUUGAGAAUUGCAACCAACAGCUCACCCCUUAAUUUCAAAACGCAUAUGGUAGCCACCACGGGACAUAAUUUAAAGGGAUAGUUCGGCCAAAAAUGAUAUUAGACCCAUGAUUUACUCACCCCCAAGCUGUCCGAGUUGCAUAUGUCCAUCGUUUUUCAGACAAACACAUUUUCGGGUAUUUUAGAA